AUGGUUCAAAAAUGCAGUGGUUUAAACAGGUUGGUGCAUACACUGUCUAAGUUACGAUUGAAUGAUGUGAAAUUAUUUUUAAUCGGAUUAGGGUUCGUAUUUUUAUUGAAUUGGAUUGUUACUUUAUCAUGGACACCGAAAUUUAAAUGUUUGUCAGACGGUAGCUUGCUUCAGAGCACAAAACAAUAUUCCAUAUUUUCUUUAACUGAUGUUAGUUAUGCUCAAAAUCUUGCUAAUAAGAUUAAUAUAUAUUGUUAUAUCUUAACGGAACCACAGUCACAUUUAACCAAAGCUUAUCAUGUUCAAACAACUUGGGCUCGAAGGUGUACUCGUUUUAGUUUUAUAAGUUCAAAAGCGGAAAAAUUAAUGAAAAUGCUUGCCGUUGAUAGGACGCAAAAUUAUGUUAAACAUUCUUGGAUUUCAAUGCGUGAAACACUUCGUGCAUUAUAUAAACAAACUUACAAAGCGGCAUAUUUUCUUAAAGCUGAUGACACAACUUAUGUGAUUAUGGAAAACUUAAGAAAUGCUUUAGAAUACACAGAUCCUCGUAAACCAUUUAUUAUGGGUCAUAUCUAUAAGAUCCGUCCAAAUGAAUUCACUGUAUCUGGUAGUUUUGGCUACGUACUAUCAAGGACUGCUCUCGAAUUAAUUGUUCUGAAAGGUUUAGACAAAGUGGCUGACUGUGGGCCAAUUCAGCAUGUUCGUGAAGAUAUUCAAAUAUCUAAAUGUGCAAAAGCAUUAGGCAUAGAAUUCAAGGAUAGUAUUGAUAUGUUUGGAAAGUCACGAUUCAGUAAUGUUACUAUAAACAAUCUUUUUGGAACAUUUAAUAACAGUAAUAAUAAUAGCGGAACAAUUCAGUGGAAUCCGAUAAAAACAGAUUAUACACAAGCAGUGUAUGAUUUAAAGAAAUUACCUGCAAGUCCAUUGCUGAUCAGUUUCGGUGGUUUAAUACCAGUGAGAAUGUACAUUUUAGAAUACUUAAUAUAUCAUCUUCGGCCAGUUGGAAUAACGCACAGAAUUUUACAACAUCUACCUUAUUCAUUAUCAUCUUCAAUGAAUCGUUAUCGUCAAUAA